AUGCCCAAGAAUGUGAACCUUUUCGGCACGUAUCUGCAGAAUGUCAGCCGCAAGAUUCAGCAAGGCUACAGGAAGAGCCAGAUCACGAGGGUUGUGCCGGUGAAAGCCUACGGCAGACCACCGUCUUUCUCAUCGCAGAUGGCACUCUGGGGUUCCGACGACUUCAACUACUACGCAAGAAAAAGGUGGACCGGCCGGUGGACGCGAAAGAGGAUAUACCCGCUUAACUACAAGAAGGAUUUCUUCUCCGAUGCCCUGAACACUACCAUCUACAACUUACGGGUGACCCCAUCUGCUGUGUACAGCAUGGACGAUGCCGGCAGCUUUGACAACUACGUUCUGCGAACGCCGCCUCAGGAGCUCCGAUCUGCGACCGGAGAGAAGAUGCGGGAGGUGAUGUACUGGUACAUGAAGAACCCCGAGGUGAAGUCCUGGGGCCUUCCCUGGAAAGUCUUCCUUCGGAAGAAGAGCCGCCAGGAUCCAGAGUUCACGCGCUAUGUGCACGAAGCCAAGAAGGAAGCCUCGGGCGUGGCCAUGGCCAAGCAGCAUGCAAAGUUUUCUCCGUACUACUUGCCCGCCCAGGGCUACAUGCACCCAGCACGGCAAGAGUUCAUGGAGGGUUCCGUCCAGCCCGAACUGAACCUCUGGUGGCGCGACAGCCCCGCCUUGACUGCCGCCUUCCGGCGGCGCCUCGGAGAGGCAAAGUCGUUUGAGGAGGCUCAUGCAGACCACCGCGAGCCGAACAGCUUUCGCUACGGUCAAACCUUCGGCGGAGGCGGGAAGAACAACGUGAGCCCCCGGAAGCGGUGCAAGACUCACCGAUAUCGGUUCCUGCGGCCCUACUGA